CUUUACUGAGGAAGUCGUGCGUCUGUUUUGUUUAGUUUCUAUUGUCCAUUCGUGGAAUGCAAUGACCGGUGUGUAUACAUACUAUGAAUUUAUGAAGCUUUAACACAGGCCAGCAAGGCCAGAUUUCGUUAAAAGUGAUCAUAAGAGCAAAUGAGACAAGCAAGGAAGUUAAAAAUAUUGUAAGAAGUGUUAAGUACUGCACUGAACUCUUAAGAGCAAAGAGAAAUCGAAAGAAGAGACGAGAAAUCUCGUGAUUUUAGAAUCUGGACGACGAAAUGAUGACAGAUGUACACGGCGGAAUGUCUCGCAGCAAUGGGCCAAAUCUUCACGAUUUUCUUAUGGAAGCUGAAUUGCAACAAUAUUAUCCCGGUAUUCGAGGGGAUUUGAAGGUGCAAACAACGGCACAAUUGAAAUAUGUAACGGAAGAGGAUUUAAAUGCGAUAGGGAUGAGCAAGCCGGAGAUGCGCCGUCUAAAGAAAUAUUUCCAGAAGCACUUUCCUCAAACGUAUCUAUCUAAAUUUAAGAAAUUGCUACUACCAAAACGCGAAGAACAGUCUCCUGGUGUACUAAGCAUGUUACCGGAAGAAAGACAGGAUAAGCCGUCGGUGCGUGUUCCUAAUAAGCACAUGAUUCCGGCCGAUGCGAUUAUUGUGAACAAGGAACUCGGUACCGGUGAAUUUGGAGUCGUGCAGCAAGGAGUUUGGACAAAUGACGGAGAAAGAAUACAAGUUGCAAUUAAAUGUCUAUCGCGCGAGAGAAUGCAGAAUAAUCCCAUAGAAUUUCUAAAAGAGGCUGCGAUAAUGCACGCGAUAGAUCACGAGCACAUUGUGCGGCUGUAUGGCGUCGUGCUUGAUACAGAUUCGCUGAUGCUUGUUACGGAAUUAGCUCCCUUACGCUCGUUGCUUGAAUGCCUUAAGGAGCCCAGUCUGCGUGCGAGUUUUCCGGUUUUGUCGCUGUGUGACUUUACUAUACAAAUCGUGGACGGAAUGCAAUAUCUGGAGGCGAAAAGGUUAAUACAUCGUGAUCUCGCCGCCAGAAAUAUUCUCGUGUUUUCUAAGAACAAGGUCAAGAUAUCAGAUUUUGGACUGUCACGCGCACUAGGUGUGGGCAAAGAUUAUUACCAAACAAAUUUCAAUGUCAAUUUGAAGCUGCCUAUUGCAUGGUGCGCGCCUGAGUGCAUAUCCUACUUGAAGUUCACGUCUGCGAGCGAUGUGUGGGCAUAUGGAGUGACGUUGUAUGAGAUGUUCAGUUAUGGAUUUCAGCCCUGGGCAGCGUUGACCGGCCAUCAAAUUCUUGAGGCUAUAGACGAGCCUAAUUUUCAAAGAUUGGAACAGCCUGAGUGCUGUCCAAAGGAUUAUUUUACUUUGAUGCAACAAUGCUGGCAGCAUGAACCUUCGAAGAGACCCAAAUUCUCCGAAUUAAUUAAUUUGUUACCCGAUUUAAAGCCUGAGCAGGUGCAAGCGGUCCAGGAUAGUAUCGAACCGGGCCAGCUUGUUUACAGACAGAGCGAUAUAAUCACAGUUUUAGACAAAGGUAACGGCAAUACUUUGUGGAAGGGCGUUCUAAAUAAUGGUAAAACGGGAUUUUUUAACCCGGCUCACACGAUUGCAUAUCUCGGCUCUAAUCUACCUAGCAACAAACCUGGUGAAUUUACGCGCGGAGACGGUAAAAAUGCCUUUUCAUCGCAGCGUAGGAAAAUUCGCACGGACAUGAUAUCCUCCCCGCAGGGCGAUCUCAAGCACACUGGUCACGUAGGUUUGGAUGGAGCAUAUUUCGGUGACAUCAGCUUUCUCGGUGGAAAAUAUCCAAAUUUGCCUCGUCAAGUUGUGACGCCAUACAAACCUCAAGAGGACGCAACUGAUAAUUGUAGCCAAAUUUCCAAUCAGGAUACAAGAAGUGUAGAUACAAAUAGAGAAUCGGGGAGGGAAUGUAGAGGCGUGCAACAAGAUGCUCAAAACAAACAUGACAGCUUAUGGCCUGAUAUGAAUUCGGAGGUAUGUCACGUAAUUACUGGCAGCAACGUGAGCAAGCGAACUAUGACAUCCAAUGUUGGCAGUAAUGCUGAUAAUCUUGGAGCUGACCAUGAAUAUCAUGAAAUCAGUGAUGAAGAAAAUCAAGAUAGUCCAUUAAGAUUUGACAAGACGUUAAAUUUUGAUUUUGGUCCGAGUCUUUUGGCAGAAAUGGAUCAAAUGUUCAGAUCAUUAGGUUCUUCUCCUCCGCCUCCGCCACCUGGCCAUCCUUUGUCCACCGAACAUGAAUCGAGUAACGCAAGAAAUGAACUGAGGGAAAUGCAAGCAAAACAAUGUAACAAGAAGAAAGCCACCGUGAGUCCAAUAAAUGUGAAACCUAUCUCAGCCGCCGAUCAGAAAACUCUUUAUUCAGCUAUUGCUAUGGCACAGGAAUUGACAGCGCGUUCCAUGACAGAUCUUGAACAUCCACCGGAGUCACCCCGUACACCUGCCAGUCCUUCAAGACGUAGGAAAUUCUCUUUUAAAUUGCCACAUCAACACAGUCCCAAACCAGACAGACGACACUUUUCCGAAGAAGCCGCCAGUAUACCUGACAUACAGGCCACCUUGUCGGCAGAAGCUAAGGAAGUGUACAACAGUUUGGUGGAGACUCCAACGUUGGAAAGUACCGGAGAUACGAAUCCAUUGCGCAUGUUGCGCUCCGGGCUGCCAAUAGUAAGAUCUAGAAUUCGCGGGAACAAGCAUGCUACUCUGGGUUAUCCGAUGUCACAGUCAGAAGACGCGUCCGGUGAGCACGGCCACUUUGAGAUAUAUCACAGCGGUGCGAGGACUCUACCCAAGGUGCGAGCCCCGUCGCCUCAUGCGAGUCUGUCUCUACCGCAAUCGCGCAUUCUUGAGAGGCAUCACUCCUUAGAAAUUGAGAACAACCAGAAUCAAAGCAAUAUCGACGAGAAUCCGAUACCUCUGCCGCCUAGAGAUCGUUCCAAAACGCUUCAGCCCAAGUCUAGCUUACCUCGACAUCAAAGAAAACAUCCUUUGAUCAUACCCGGGGGCGGUGUUACUAGAACACUAGCUAAAAUGGCAGCAACUACACCAUGCAUUGAGGAUCAAGUGGAUGGACAUUUCAUGUUGCAGAAUUCUAAUGCAGCAGUUCCCGGCACUUCGCUCCAAGACAAUUAUCUCCCAGAAGCUUCUGCUAAUAGCCCAGAAGAAUUUGAACAGCGCAUUGAUUCCGAGCUAGCUGCACUGGAUUCCUUACCCAUUGAGGAAAAUCAACUUCGACGGUGUAGCGUGAUCUCGGAGGAUUUGCUGGAGUUUUCAGAUAACUUAAUUGACUGCGGUGAUAUGCCGGAUUUAUGUCAGAAUGUCUCAGAAACAAGCAACGAUGGCCAAUCGAACAGUUCGUUGAACAUGACAGAUGAUUUAUAUAGGAAGAUCAGCACCGAAUCUAAGUACUCCUUAAGAAAUUUUGUAUCGAAGAUACAAGAGAACGUGGAAGUAGAUUUAAGCCAAAAUCAAACAUUGAUUAGUUCUUAUAGAUCAGAAGACUGGAACAAGACGAAUCCCUUAAUUACCACCACUCAAUUGAUCAAAACUCAAAUUCCAUCUGCAAGAGUACAACAGACCCCGUUAAAUUAUUCUUCACAGACAAAUAUGGAAGAGAUUUCCUCUAAAUCUGAAGUUUUUCAGCGCGAAAAACCUUUAGUACAUAUUAGCACGAGCGAUAACUUUCAUUCGACCUCUCCUCCAAAAGUCUAUCACUUAUCCAACGAAAAAGCACUGAACUGUAAAGUCGCGAGUGAUUUGUCGCGGCAGUCGGAUCAUGUUUCUUGCGAGGAUCUGUUAGAGUUCGCUUGCGAUGGGCCGAACACGCGAAGAACACGCGGACCCCAUAACGGGGAACAAUCUGACGAAGUGCGAAUUAUGCUGAAAGUAUUGCAUGAACAGUCAACACCUGAAUCCUGUAUCGCCGCGUUGAAUGUCACCGAAUGGGAUGUUUUAGCGGCGAUCAAGCUGGAACGACUUCAAUCAUUAUUGAAAAAAGAAAAUAAUUUUGUUGGCCUCGAAGAUUGCAAGGUAAUGUUGAAUCAAUGUGGUGGCGACGUUAUUAAGGCGGCCGCACUACUCCGAAACACGGACGACACCGCCGCGGUUUAGGUUGACUCUAAUCGGUUAUCGUGUGAAAUAAUUAUUUGCAGGGGAAUGAGAAUUGAUUGAAAAGUUUUUAUGACAUCCUCUAUUCUGAAUUUUGAUGAUUUUGUUGGAAAUAUUUUCUUUUAAGAAUAUUUUCCUAUCACAACGUUCCAAAAUUUUCGAAGAAAUUAUAAACUAUUUUUAUAUAGAAGUAUUAAUAAUAUUAAUGAAAUAAUGAAAAGUCUGGUAUAUAAAUUAAAAAUAAUUUUUAAUAAUAAAUACUUUUCACAAAUUUUUUUUAUUACACGAUUAUUAAAAUUUCUUUCUGUUUGAAUACAACUGUUUAUUGUUAUUUGUUUGUGCAAGAUGUUUGCUACUGAGAAAACCGUAAAAAUUUGACAUUUUCUGGAAAUUUAUUUUUUAUAUUCUUGAAAAUCACAGACUUCUAUGAGAUUUAAUAUUUAGAAAAAGUUUUGAAAUUUUAUUUUUAAAAUUAAAUUCUAUCUUUUUUUUUGACGAAAUUGUUUUUUUGAUCUUUUUUUUUUUAAUACAAAAUGUCGACAAUCGAUUAGUAAUUAAUAUAGCAUACAUAUUCACGUACAUUCACAUAUAUUCAUAUUCAUGUAUACUAGGUUCCAGAAAUUUUAACACAUAAAUUUGUACGAGUGUCAAGGCAUAUCGAUAGUAGAGUUGGCGUAUUUCGACUCUAGAUAUUUUUACAUCAUAACUGUCAUCUGGCAAUGCUGUUUUAGUUAUAUUUAAAGCAACUGGAGCAGUAUGACAUGUGUAUGUUAAUAUUUAUGAUUUAAUUUAAUUUGAAAAUAUUAGAGUUGUGAUUGUAUUGUCAAGAAAUUAGCUGAAAAUUUUGAGUUUGACAGAUGAUGACAGAUGAUGAAUCAUGAUGUAAAAAUAUCUAGAGUAAAGUCGGAAUACGCCGACUUUACUAUAUUGAUAUGCUUGACACAAAUUCAUGGCCAUGUGUUAAGGCAUUUCUGGAACUUAGUGUAGUAUCUCAUGUAAUUUGCGAGCUUUUAUAAAAAAGUUACAAAAUAAUUUACAAUUUAGACCUCUCACUUCUAUUUUUUAUGAAAAUAGGCUUACUUGACGCAUUUCUGCAGGAAAAAAAAUAUGGCAGAAGUAAGUGUUGCUUUGCCCUGUGACACGAGGUAUUAAUCGUUAAAAUUAAAUGACUAUACAGGUUAGAAAACCUGUCUAUCGAUGAAAUGCAGCGGCAUAAGUAUGCUCUAAUAUGGUUACAUGCGAAUACGUUUUAGACAUUUUUAAAUAGUUUAGUUUUUGCUGGAGUGCACGAAAUUAAAAAAUCACAAUAUAAUACACCGUGGUAGAAAAACAAGGGUAUGUUCAUCACGGGUACGAGCAUUAAGCGGUCAUAUCAAGAUUAUAUAUCUUUAAAAAAAGUUUUUCUUCGUAAUUUUUUUAUAAAUAACUAUAAAUUUUAGAAAAGAUAAAAAUUGAUAUAUUAAUUGUUACAUUUUGAAGACUUUUUAAGAAUUUUUUAAUUUCAAGAUAUAAAUAUAUGUUGUGCAGUGGUAGACAGAAUAGUUGCAACACAUUUUUUAAUAGAUUUUAGAACACAGGCUUGCUCAUUGAAUGGCAAACUUAAUUGCUUGGAUAAGAAUCAUGUCAUCAUUUGAUGAGCGGCUGCAUUACGAAAACCAUCAAAAAGAAGGUAGAAGCAGCUAUUUUAUCCAUCACUGUACACCAUUGUAGUUUUUUGUGUUCAAAAAACAUGAUCCAUCGGUGGAGUAGAGAACUCAAGUUGUAAUUAUCUAAAAUAAAAAUUUCUUAAAGAUUUCAAAACUAUAGUUUUAAUUAAGCGUAGCAAUUUUUUAAAAUAUUUUUUUACAAAAUGGCAGCAGUUAAAAAAAGACUUAAUUUUUGUUAUAUUUUGACAUUUUUAAACAUCUCAUUUUUCAAAUUUAACAAUUAAAAAAAUUUCUACGUUUAACUGAAACUAUUAAUUUUGAAGCUACUGUGCAAUGCUGUGGUCAAUUGGUCAAAAUGUUUUUGAGUUAUAAAUGCCGUCAACUGAAAAAUAGUUUUAAGAAAAAUGCGUUUAAAAUUUUAAUUUUUUAAGUUUAAAGUUUUUAUAUUGAUUAUUUAAUAGAAAUCUAUCGAAUUUUUUAGCUCAUCAUGGUAAAUUGAGUCGGAUUAAGACUCAUGUUGCCCUUUUAAAGCAAUUAAAUUUUUGCCCCCCUUACUCAAGCUUCAGAUGUAACUUAAAUUAAUCAAAUUUCAUAUUCUGUUACCUUCUUAUGUUAUUUUUAUAGGUAUGAUUGCAAGGUUAAUUAUAAUUAUAAAUGUUAAAAUAUGUAUACCGCGUAUAGAUAAAACUAAUUAAA